AUGGGAUGCAGAUAUAAAUUGCAAGAUAACAAGACCAAAACUUCACAGAACAGGGCAACAACGUCACGGUACCAUCCUUAUGCUUCCUCAAGCAACAGAAACUGUGGUGAAACAAGCAGGAAUACAGAGCUUCAUGAAAGGUGUAUACCUGCAGAGAAAGAAGACGAAGAGAAAAAGAAAAUUAUAAUGGAAAAGGUUGAUAAUAUGUCAUUAGAACAGUUACGUGACAAAGUCAAGGAAGCAGCACAUGUCAUUCCAGAUCACCUAUUUCCAUUUUUUGAUUCGGAAUCAUCAAGCACCCUCCCACGUCCAAGCUGGUGCAGUUGCGGAAAUUGUGAAAUUAUGUAG